GCUUCUGCUUCUCCUGCCACUGCUGCUACACCUGCUAAACCUGCUGCACAUGCUGAAGUGUUGGUAGCAAUGCCGGUUCUCCAGCAACAUGGUGAUGUAUUUGUUGGCCCGGGAUCGAAAAGAGAAGCACAGUUGUUGGGCUUGGGUCUUACAAAAUUGAGCUCCAGAAGGAAGGAUGACCUACAGCUUGCAAAAAGAUAUGCUAUGGACUUGUCAAUCAAACAGAUUAUGCUCAGGCAGCAGAAGGCCCAUCAUGAAAACCAACAAAAACAAGCAAUGUAUGCGCAAGCAUUAUCUCUCAUGGCCCGGGUUUACAUUGGAUCGAUUUCGUUCGAAGUGAGAGAGGAAAUGAUCAAGAAAGCCUUCGAAGUGUAUGGGCCGAUUAAGAGUAUCAACAUGAGUUGGGAUCCUACCACAGGGCACCACAAAGGGUUCGCAUUCUUGGAAUUUGACGUCCCUGAGGCCGCUCUUCUCGCUCAAGAAUCGAUGAAUGGUCAACUGAUGGGUGGAAGAAAUUUAAAAGUUGGUCGUCCCUCUAACAUGCCGCAAGCCCAGCCAAUCAUUGAGAUGGUUCAACAAGACGCAAAAAAAUAUCACAGAGUUUACGUGUCUUCAGUACAUCCCGAUCUGUCGGAGAGCGAUUUGAAGAGUGUGUUCGAGGCAUUCGGGGAAGUGGUCAAAUGUCAACUGGCUAGACAGAGUGCAACUGGAAAAGGAAGUCAUCGUGGUUUUGGAUACAUCGAAUUCAACAACGCUGCAGCAAUGAAUGAAGCCAUUGCUGGAAUGAAUAUGUUUGAUCUGGGUGGGCAAUUCCUAAGGGUUGGCCGCUGUAUAACACCGCCGGAAGCUCUAACGUAUCUGCAGCCGCAGACACAAGCUGCUUUACCUACUGCUGCUGCCCAAGCUGCAGCUAUGGAGCGGAUAUUAGAACGAACGAAAGCGAAACAAGAUGCAAAGCUCGCCCUACCUGUGACUUUUGGGGCAAUUGAUCCUCUGUUUGCGCCUAAAGAUCCACUUGAAAAAAAUGAAGAGUCGGGUGGUAAUUGUGCUGCUGGGCAGAAUGAUACAAGUGAGCCUCAAAAGAAGAAGAAACGAGUCGUAGAGGCGAAGAAGAUACAACCUAAGCUAAAUACUGCACAAGCGUUGGCCGCUGCAGCCAAGGCCGGUGAACUUUCUGAUGCUGUAAUUAAUGAGCAAAUGAAUAGCGAGGAUGCAACUUUAGCAUCGCAAGAAGGACUAGCCAUCAGAGGAAAUGAUGCUCGUCAUCUCCUGAUGGCGAAACUCAUGCGAACAAAUCGGUCCACCGUCCUGGUUUUGCGUAACAUGGUGAAUCCGGAAGAUAUCGAUGAAUACCUUGAAGAUGAAAUUAAGGAGGAGUGCUCAAAAUAUGGAGAUGUGCAGGAGGUCGUAAUUGCGAAUGAUCAAACUGCCAGGAUUGUGAAAAUUUUCGUCCGCUUCGCAGAUCCUAAACAGGUUGAUGCAGCACGUGCAGCUCUUGACAAACGUUUCUUCAGCGGAAAUACAGUCUCGGCGGAGAUAUACGACCAGGCUAUGUUUGACCAUAACGAUCUCAGUGGAUAA